GUAUUUUAGAAGGGGUACAAUUAAAUCCAGAUGGAGGGAGUAUGUGUUAAGUGCUCAUACUCCGGCAGUCCGGCUAUUAUGUGUUAUUGACUUAUUAAAAAUGGUAUUCAUUGGCCUAUAUGGUCUGUCAAGUGUUGGACUUAUCUUCCCGUUCAAUUUUUAUUUGUUUGUGUUUAAGUUGGCUUUUGUAAACUUCUCUUUCUUCUUACUUUGUAUGUAGUAUAAAGUUUUGGACAGUAAAUGCAACAAUGCAUCUAGGGUCUAAUGGAACAAACUCUAUUUUUCACAUGGGAAAACACAUUUGAUAAUCUGGCCAGAGUAUGUGAAUGAGCUGAUUGAAGCAGAUGGAAGUGGCGGGAAAGAACUUUGUUCCGGAACAUUCUUAAACCCAGGGUCAUGGGAAGCUGCCCUACUUGCGGCUGGUACAACAUUGUCUGCAAUGAAACACAUACUUGAUGGAGGUGGGAACAUUGCCUACUCUUUGGUGAGGCCGCCCGGCCAUCAUGCCCAACCAUCUCAAGCCGAUGGCUAUUGUUUCCUCAACAAUGCUGGCCUUGCAGUGCAACUAGCUCUAGAUUCUGGCCACACAAAGGUUGCAGUUAUUGACAUUGAUGUCCAUUAUGGGAAUGGGACUGCUGAAGGGUUUUAUUGUUCUGAUAAGGUUCUUACGAUCUCUCUUCAUAUGGAUCAUGGAUCGUGGGGCCCAUCUCAUCCGCAGAAGGGUACCGUGGAUGAGCUUGGUGAGGGCAAAGGGUUUGGGUAUAAUUUGAAUAUACCCUUGCCUAAUGGAACGGGAGAUAGGGGUUAUUGUUGUGCCAUGACGCAGUUAGCCAUCCCUGCGAUCGAGAAGUUUGAGCCUACUUUGAUAGUUUUUGUUGUAGGCCUGGACUCGAGUGCAUUUGAUCCAAAUGGAAGGCAAUGCUUGACAAUGGAGGGUUACAGGGAGAUAGGAAGGAAUGUUCGUGGCCUUGCAGACAAAUAUAGCAAUGGGAGACUAUUAAUAGUCCAAGAAGGCGGGUACCACAUCACUUAUUCAGCUUAUUGCCUGCAUGCCACUCUCGAAGGCGUUCUCAAUGUUCCUGAACCUCUAUUGUUUGAUCCUAUUGCUCAUUACCCCGAAGAUGAAUCGUUCCCCACAAAAGUUAUCGAGGCAAUAAAAAACUACCAGAAAGAUGCAGUCCCAUUCUUGAAGGAUUAGUCAUGAGGCGCUUACGAAAGAUGCACUUUCCUUCCUGAAUUAUGUAAGUAUGUAACAACAGAGUAUAUCUUCUAAAAAAUUGUCAUAGGAAAUCACAAUUUUAUAGGAUAAGAAAUAACUUGUUUCCUC